AUGUUUGAAGUGUCAGUCCAUGUGAUUACCAUUGGUGUGACACUUAUUAUAUCACUCAUCGCUUAUAUGAUUAUGAGAUGCAUUUGUUUCAAACGUGAUCACCACAUGAGAAGUGCUUCUUUAGUGUCAACGAUGGCAGUGAUGGGCAGUGGAGGACACACUCAAGAGAUGAUUACAUUGUUGUCUCAUCUGAACAUUGGAUCCAUUAACGGAAAGUAUAGUCCAAUCACUUUAAUCGCUUCCAAAGACGAUCACUUGAGUGUGAAUAAAGUAAAACAAAUGACACAAUCGUUAAGUGACUGCCAAUUGGUUUCAAUAACAAGAAGUCGUUCAGUGGGUCAGAGCUAUUGGACAUCAGUGGUGACGACAAUGAUAUCAAUGAUGGAGUCGUUGGUCAUUGUGUGGAGAGUGCGGCCUAAACUGGUUGUGUGUAACGGACCGGGAGUUUGUGUUCCCAUUUGUUUGGUCGCAAAACUGCUCAACAGAAUCGCUGUCUCUCUCCGGAAGAAUACUCUAUUGUUGUCGGAUUUGUGA